AUGGAGAUUGACCAGCUGCUCUCCAUAGACAUGGGCAAGAAAGAAACAUUGAAGUCUUACAACAACCGGUAUUGGGAGACUUUUAAUCAAAUUGGAGAUUACCCCACAAACCUCGUUAUCGCACAGUAUAAACGAGGUAUGCCGGCAAGCAAUAACUUAAGGGAUUCAAUGACGAUGAUGUCACCUCUCACAAUGGAGACCCUAAUGGAAAGAGUACAUCAGCACAUUCGGGUAGAAGAAGAUGGCAUUCGCGCCAAAGUAAAAUCUGGUACAAUAGCAAUGUCAGACAGAAAACCUGUAAGAAAAGUCAACACGGUCAGCCAAGAAGAACGACUGAACAAAAAUGGUAGGGGCAGGCAAGAUGACUUCCAAGUGAGGAAGUUGAGAGUCCAGACCGCCAUCACUACGGUGUUCAAUAAACCUAUCUACCAAAUUCUUAGCGAGAUACACGAUGAACCCUUCAUUCGGCAGCCAGCCAAGUUGGGAGAAAAUGUAGAGAGGCUACGACGAUAG